UUGCUUCUUUGCAGGUGGUAUAAGCUGCGCUCCAAACCAGGGAAAAAGGAAAAGGAGAGAGGAGAGAUUGAAGUGGAUAUCCAGUUUAUGAGGAGCAACAUGACAGCCAGUAUGUUUGAUUUGUCCAUGAAAGACAAGUCGCGCUCCACGUUUGGCAAGCUCAAAGACAAGCUGAAAGGCAAGCGGAGCAGCGGGCUCUCUGACACAGCAUCAGCGAUCGUUCCGAGCACAAGUCACUCCCCAGCUGACAGUGAAGAUGAAUCUGUUGAGAAAGAGAAGAAGAAAUCAAAAUUCAAAACGCUGUUUUCCAAACCUGGUCUGCAGAAGACUUCUCUGUCCCAGUCCAUGUCAGUCUUGCCUACUUUGCCACCUGCAAAGGAGAAGGUUAGGCUUAGACCUAGCGACUUUCAGUCGAGAUGGGAUGAUGAGGAAUCUGAGACCUCUCCAACCUCAGACAAAGCCUUUAGAAACACCCUUGAAGAGAAGUCAUCUCCUUCUCCUGUAUCUAAAUUUCAUAAAGUAGCAACUUUGGACAAUAGACAUCUCAACCAAGUAACGACCAGCAAUACCAAGAAAGAAGGUCUCUCUUUAUUUGGUGGACUUAAAUCCAAAAGUGAUCCCGUUUCCAAAUCUAGUUUGUGUAUCAAUGGCAGCCACGUUUACAUGGAAGAGAACACUCCGAAGGACAACACUCCAGCCUCUUCCCCAUCCCCUCUCAACUUCAGGAGGAAGCAGCACUUUGCUUCAGAAGAGAACUUGUCUUCCAAAGUUACAAAAGGACCUGAAGAGAUGGGAAGAACAUCUCCCAGCGGUAUUUUAUCCGGGUCUGCAUCGCUGGAGACUUUUAAAUCUAUGACUUUACCAUCAUAUAAAUUGCUUAGCGGUGAAGACUACGUGGAGACCCACGUUCCUCUGACUGUUGACGUUGCUAAAGAGAACAAGAAAACAGACAACAAAAAAGCUACCUUAUUCUCUCUGGUCACGGGGAAAAAGGAGAUGGUGAAAAACAGUGAUGUUGAAAGUGUUCCAGACAGGACUCUGAAGGAGGAAGAAACCAAAGAUUCAGAGGGGAAAAGUGAAAAAGAGACCAAACACCUUGAAAUUCCAGCAGAUUUAAGCAAAGGAAAUCCUUCUGAAAAUAGUAAUGAAGAAAUCUUCAAAAACAAGCAACCACUCAACCCCUUUGAAGAAGAGCAGAAACCUGAAAAAGCUGCUGUGUCGGCAAAGACGGCACAGACUAAAGCCGUCAAACCAAGACUGGGCGUGACUUCAGAGGAGGAAACCAAAGCCACGCUUUCUAUUUUUGCACCUGAGUCCCUUUCUGCUUUCCUUUCUGCACGCCAGAGCAGUAGUGACAAUAAUCCUUUUAUUUCUAAAACGGGGCAAAAAGCUGAAGUGCCAGACUCUGAAAGCAUCACUAGUUCCUCUGAAGCUCCUCUUCCUCUUCCUGGUGCAGAGCUUUUGAAUAGCAGGAACCCCUUUGUUUCAAAGCGGGGCAAGGAAUCCAAAGUGCUGGACUCUGGAAAUGUUGCUGCUUUCUCUUUACCCCAUCAUCUUUCAGCUUCUGUUCCUGAAACAGCUCUUUCCGUGCAGCUCUCUAGUAAUGGGAAUAAUCCUUUUACUUCUGAAUGGGCACAGGGCUCCCAGGGUCAGGAUUCUGAAAGCUCUAAAGCUAGUGCUUCCUCGGAUCUCUCUUGGGCACCUUCCCUUCGUUCAGACUGUCAUUUUAACACCAGUAACCCCUUUGUAUGCAAACUUGGGCAGGAACUAGAUGCACCCGCUCUUGAAACAGUUGCUGCUUCUUCCUCUUUCUCCCUUCCUUGUGAGGAGGACUGUUCCUCAGCAGAAAACGCUGUUAAUCUGGAGCACUCUCUUCAUGGGGCUUCGAGGAGCUCUUCAGACUCUGCUCUAACUGGUGAUUUAAAUAGUGUUUCGAGCUCUUCAGACACCUGCAUUAAGGAUGCCAGCUAUCUUGCCUCUCUCUCCAAGUGUGGUGAUAACCUCUUCCCAGAGAACAGUGCUGAGCAGCUACCUCCUGCUAAGAACAAGCCAAAGGAGAAGCAGGAAACCUUUAGUGAAUGCAGAAUGGAAGAUGAUAAACCCCUGGUAGAGACUGAAGCGGCUCCUCAUGCAGCUGACUCUUUGCCACAGGUAGCACCUCCCAAACCAACCAGGAGCGUUUGCACGCUGCCCCCUCAGGAAGCUGAUGUAGGAAGGACUGACAGGGAGGUUCCUCCUGGGUCUCUCACACCAAAACCAGCACCAAGACUGUCUUUGGCACUGAAGGCGCAUGCAGCGGUCUCUCAGACUGAUGCACUCGGUGGUGGUGCGUUUCCUUCAGAUGGCAACGCACAAUCUGCUGCUGGGCUUCUUUUUCCCAAUGAGGAACCCUCAAGGGCUCCUGGAUGCCCCCCUGCAAAUGAUUCGUCAAAAACUGUCACUCCAACAAUAACUCUUAGAGGUAACAGCAGGCCUUUAAAAUAUGAGGGGGAUGAUUUAGUUGGCCCCCUUGCAAAUCUGAAGUGUGCCGUUCCCAUUGCUGGAGAUUAUGGCUUGAAAGCGGCUGUUCUUCCAGUUAUUCUAGAGGGAGGCUCUGAUGAAGAGCUGCUGGAAGACUCUCAGGAGGACCAUAGUGAUGAUAAAAACUUCUUGGAGGCUGGAAAACAGUCUAGAGAUGUAAUGGCUUUGGGUGAAGAACUAAAGGAGCAUUCAGGAACCCUACCUGCUAAAGGAAGUGCCCCGGAUAUUUGUAAUUCUGGCAAAAUACCUGUGCUACCUGCAAGCCUGGGUGUUUGCAGUGUAAAUAAUAAGACAGCCCUGGUAGGUGUGACGUCUCAUUCCAGUGAGCCUAAGAGUCAUUUUGAGAGACAGGAGCUAAAAAUAAACGUAGGUGUCGAUGAGAGUGCAGAGCGUGAUCUCCUCGAGCCUCCUGCUGCUUGUUCCUCUGUGCCUGGCUCCUCCCAGCCUUCCUCUUCCUCUCCUCCCUUCCCUUCUCACACACAAAGUAAUAGAGCAGAAUCUGCGAAUAAGCCAACAGCAGAGGGCUCCGCUGGUAAAGCCGACAAUUCCGGCGAGAGGAAACUCCUCCGGGCGUGGGUUUCGCCCUCUGAAACGUAUCCUAGCCAAAGGCAGCAGGGCGCUGAGCCCGUGUCUCCCAAGCACAGGCUUCAGCCUGUGAAGCCAAUGAAUGCCACCGCAAGCAAAUCUCAAGCUAAAAAUAUGAAUGUCCUCAGCACUAUGAAUGAAAAGCUGCUUGAGAUGAGCGUAAAGAAAUACAGUCCUGCAGAUCCUGGCUAUGCUUAUGCUCAGUUAACCCACGAUGAGCUGAUCCAGCUGGUCUUGAAACAGAAGGAUACGAUUGCCAAGAAAGAACUCCAGGUGCGUGAGCUCGAAGACUACAUCGAUAACUUGCUCGUCAGAGUGAUGGAAGAAACCCCCAACAUCCUUCGUGUUUCGACUUCGGGGAAUAAAAAAGCUGGAAAGAUCUAAAAGUUCCCUGGGCUUGGAACAAAGGACUGAAUUCCUGCCAGUGGAGUUUGAUUAAUAAGGAGACGAUGUGAAGUGGGCGGCGCUGGAGCGCUGCCCACAGGAAAUGACAUUUUUCCUCUUUCUGACUUGAGCAACUCUCGGAUUGAUUUAUAGUUGCAUCAGGUCUCAUAUGUAUGGAACCCCCAGAUGGAGUCAACUCCUCAUAUUUAUUUUUUGGUAUCUCUUUAUUAUUGGGAAGAUUUAAGGAAUCAAAUCCGCAGGCUGGCUGUGAUAACAGGGAUGAAGGGGCUCGAUAAGCUUUGCCUGCCAGCAAGACACUGAUGAUCCUUUAUGAAGAAUUGUUUUGUUUAUUUCUUAGCAACUUUGACGAUCAAUUAUUUCUUCCACACUGUAAGUUGUAGUGCAAUAUAUAAUAUUUGUAGCGUUUGAGUUAAUUUGGAUGCUUUGGAUAACUAUAUUGGAGGAGUCCAGCGAGCUGUGCUUUGGAAUAAGGCUGCCUGGGCUACUUUUUAAAACCAUUUCUGCCCUAACAAUUGAAAGCAAGUUAACCCUUAGUUUGGAAAGGAAGCAAAGCUAAUUUACUAUCUUAAACAAAUACUGUUUCAAGAGUGUUCUCCAAGAAAUAUUAGUGACUUGGGGCCAAAGGUGUAGUAAAGUAGAAGCUAUUAUUUGUGGUACGUGUUUUUUGGCCUAUGCCUCUUGCUGCAUGAAAGCUCUAAUUAUGGUACUAUUCCAUAGCAGUUUAUUAAUUCUGAAUACCUCGUGUUUUGGAACGGGGGCUUUCCUUGGAACAGCUUUCAAAGGUGGUUGGUCUUGCAGUACUUUCCUUCAGACAUUCCAUAGAUCUAAGAAAGGAACCAAUUCAGCCUCUCUUUAGGGUGGGAGGCAGCACGCUCUCAAACCUGACUUAAUUUUCUUUGUGCUCUGAAGCUCAGAAGAGGAGGAAUAUUUUACGUAGCUGAACAAGUGAGUUGGUUUUGCAAGACAAUUGGGUAUUCCGAUCUGCUCCCUUAAUUUGGGGCCUCUUUGCAACUUCGUAGAGGACACACUUAUCCUCUUCCCCGUGCCACCGGCCAGAAAGCAACAGCACAGAGCUAUGGAGCAGCAGCCAGAGCAGGCUGCUUCCACCAGAAACUAAACAUCAGCUUUUUUUUGUGGCAAACCCUUGUCCAAGAUGGACAAAUCAGCUGCAUCUUCACAGUUGUUGGAUUUACCCCCAUCGAGGGCCUGUGUUUUGAUGGCAGGAAGCGCUCUGGAAGGAAGGCAAGACCAAAGCUCCUGAAGCACGAGGGGCUCAGUAAGUCGCUCUAUGUCCCCAACGUGGGGAGUUGGGAACAACACAGUCCCACAGCAGUUUAACGAGGCACUUUAACGAGGGGCAAGACUGGCUGAAUUGACUACUAAUGUGUCAUGAGACACUGAAAACUACUGGAAGCUUCUCAGAUACUGUAUUUUUGUAGUGAAGAGUAGUUAAUAUAUUUUCCUAGAGAUGUAUACAUUCUUUGGAAAAUCCAGCAAGUGCCGUUAAUUGCAUUUGUUACUGUAAACUGGCUAAUUACCAAAGUGUGGUCUAGCAGUGGAAGCUUUUCUGAUGCAGCUCUCCUUCAAGCGAAGCCAGCAUUGAAAUGAGCCUAUUGCUUUAAG